GGGGACCCGGGGCAUCCACACUAGCAACCAGGCAGGGCCCUGCCACCACGCCUGCACCAACGAAGCCAUCCUUUCAGACAGGACGAUUGGGAUGUGACGGUACCGUUCUGUCCUCCGGAGACGGGGAAACCAGGGCGCUUCGUCUUGCCUCACUGCCCCGCAAUAUGCCGAGACGCCGGUGGCAUACCCUGCUGCGCAACUUGUUCGUGACUUGAGGUGGUGUUCACAGACAGUCGCGUUCCUCCCCCAUCAACUGAAGGUCUAGAGCUUUUCUCCGGGUCUAUCCAAUCCCUUGCCUGUGCUCACUCUCCGGCCUGUACUCUGUUCCCGCCUCGUCGGCUACGGUCGAAGCCUUUCUUCCUCGUUCCAUCGUUGACCACCCGCCCUCUCUCAACCUUGCUCUCACCCACAGCUUUACCCUGUGCAUGCCAUCAUGCAUUUCUGAUGGCAUGCGACGGCCUCGUGCACUUACCUGUUGCUGACCACACUGCUCCCUGGCUCGGGCAGUUGCACCGGAACGCUCCUAUAUCGGAUCCCCCACAGUUCUACUUGGCUAUGCAUCCUCGCGUUCCUGGUUACAUACCUCCAUCCCAUGCGGGUGAUCCUCGUCCCAGUCUGCAGGUGAACACCAACGCGCUCCAUACAGUCUACUCAGCGCCGCCCUACACUGUUGGUCCUGGCCGAAUCGGACAUACACUUCCCUGCACAAGCACAAUUGAAACCAAUGCAUACAACCCUGGUUCCACUCCCUCCAUCUCGCCUACCCCUGCCUCUUCAGUGUCUGUGGCUCACCCUGAGGAUCCGUCCCCGAAGCGCAAGCGGUCCCGAGUGACUCCCGAGCAACUCACCCGAUUAGAAGAACUUUUUGCUUCUGACCGUAGCCCGACUGUGAGCAGACGCAAGGAGAUCAGUGCUGAGUUGGGCAUGCGAGAACGUCAGACACAGAUAUGGUUUCAGAACCGUCGAGCAAAAGCGAAAGUGCAGGAGGGAAGAGGUAAACCCAGAACAAAGAAGUCUUCCGCAGGGAAGAAUCGGAGAACGGACGUUGCCUCCCCUGAGAGCAUGACUAGCGGGCAGGAUUUAUCACCAGAGGAAGAAGACAACGAAGACGAACCUCCCUCUGGCCGACCGCCGCCCCCAUCCACACAUCCACACUAUGACCAAUAUGUCGCCGAUCGAUUUCGAGAGCCUGGACCCAUCAGGUUAAUUCCGUGUCAUCUCCUGAAGAUCGGCAGCUGGCCAACAUUAUCGGAUCCCACAAGGGGACGAGAGUUGGUCGCUUUCGUUGCACAGCGUCAAGCUGGAGCUGUGCUUGUUAUGCUGUGGUUCUUCUCAAAUGGAGGCAGAAGCUACAAGCUGGAAUUGCCGAUUUCCGCCAUUGAAAGCACUCAUGUCUCCUUCGAACUUGCGGCAAGUGGAGAUCGGUACCCCACUGCAGUUGCUCGCCUCACAUUAUCCCAUGCACCAACAUUCUACGUUCUAUCCGAAUCUCCAGGUGAGGGGGGAGCAACCCCAACGUCGUCUGUGCGUCAGCAUCAGUCGGUAUGGACUGCUUGUCAAGAUUUCACCCAAGGUGGUUCAGGUGCUACCGCCCGAGUCUACGAAAUGCAAGGGCCUGCGCAGUCCAUGGUACAAGCACUUACCCAUUUCCCCAAUUACUCUCAAGAUGGAGGCCUUUCUCCCACCCUGAUCCCCCCCCUUCAGCUAUCCAGGCCGCAGCCUGGCAUGGUUGUUCCACUGUUGCCCAGUCUACCUCUAGAUGGCUCGCCGUCUUAUCCUGUCUAUUCACAAAGCUUUACGCCCCAACAUCCAUCGAUUGUGCCACCCACAAGCUCCGGAGCUAGCUCUGUGUUGUAUCCGAGACCGUACUUGCAACAAAGCCCUGCCUUGCAGCGACAGACCUCGUUUCCACAACCUGCUAAUCAACCGACCUUCGCCUACGACAUGAAUGCCGCCUUACCAAGCCAGGGCUUCACCGCAAACCUCUCGCCUCUUUCAGACCCUGGAACUUCGAACUCUACCGCAGACUACUCUGCUCGAGGUAGCCGACCCUUCACGACGGAGACAUUGACGACACCCUUCUUUCCUGAUCUGAACUCCCCGACAUUUCAGGAGGCCGCCGCGUCUCUGAUGAACGAUGAGCCCGGAGCGCAUCUGUAUCCACCGUUUCCACAGCGCCAACAAUACUCUCCAGCCGACCCUGCGCCUCACGCCGAUACGCAACUACGUUCAUCUGAGACGUAUCCUGACCGACCCCACUACGUACCCUCUAUUGACCCUGGUAGCCAAGGCGGUACGUCUUCCACGCCCACGCGAGAGUACCAGAUGCCGUACAGCAGUCACCCUGUGGUCUCACAAUUCAUGUCGCUACAGCCACCUAGCUUGAGCCAAGGUUACACGACAGCACCGAGUGAAGGGAGCAUAUAAUUUUGGCGGAACGCCAAUUUGUAAUGAGAUGUUCACUGUCCAAUUGCCACGCAAGGUGCUCAAUAGCCGAGACCGGUUUGCGGCAGUUAGGGUUUCUCAC